AUGUGGUGCGGGCGUCGCUUUUGCUAUCCGGAAGGGCAUCGUGGGACGACUGCUCUGUUUGUCGCAGGACAUCAACGAUCGCCUGAUGAGCCCCCGCCUGCCUCUCGGGGAGGCAAAUUCUCCACCAUCAUCAGUGGCUACACCCCAACAAUGACCGGCUUAGACGAGGCGAAGACAAAGUUAUAUGAAGACCUGCACUCUCCCCUGACGUUUGUGCCGGAGGCGGAUAAGUUGGCUGUCCUUGGUGACUUUUAUGCCCGCGUCGGGACAGACUGUGCAGUCCGGAAGGGAUUGCUGGGUCCUUACCGAGUCGACGGCUGCAACGACAAUGACCUCUUACUACUGCGGACCUACGCUGAGCAUCGCCUCCUGCUGAGCAACACUUGCUUCUGCCGAUCAAACUUUUCGAAAAGUCAGCAUCUAAAUAAACCCGUUCCGGUGAGCCCACCUUUUCCUUCAAAUCAUCAAACCCGAUCUCUGAACUUUCUUCUGCCUGUCGAUGCGGAAGAAGGCCGCCUGGAGACACCCCCGAUCGCGGCGCUGGCGGCUGAUGGACCAGGUUCUCGCUCGGUGGCGAGAGCGGCAAGACGUGAUGAUGACCAAGGUGAUCUGCGACGGCAAUGA